AUGGUGGAGGACAUGUACCUAAAGGAGCAAAAGCAGGGGGAGGGUUUGGGCAAAUUUAAAAACUGCUUGGCAGUGUGUAACAUCACCACUAGUUUCAUGGGCGAACCAGCCAUAGAAUUAGUAGUGAGAUUGGGAAUUUUGGUGUUUGAACUGAGUGAAGAGCCGGCAUGGAAAAGAAAGGUGAUAGGUCUUGGUCCCUUACCUAAUCAGCUGCCUCUGCUACAUUCGAUACAAGGCGAUGAGCUCAAGUCCAAGUACGAGUUUGUGAAGAGGACAUGCAGUAGGAAGCGCAACAGGGAUGUUAAUUUUUAG